CGUUAUACCACAAAGGGGGCGCUUUGAAGGCUAUUGCAGAAAUGAAUCACAUGAUAUUGAGAGGUAAAAGAAUGUUUGUUGCAGAAGUAAAGUACAGAAGGAAGCCUGAACGAAAGGACAUUAAAGGAAAUGGACUGGCGGGAGUGACAAGAAAAGAACAAGAAGAUGGAUCUCAACAGCACAAGAUUGCAAGAAAUGUGGAAGAGCAGGUAGGUAAGCCUGCAAGAGAUGCACAGGGCAAGGACCCAAAUAAGAAUGGAUGAUCCAAGAAAAUAGAAAUACCAAGGAGUGUUGUGGGAGGCACAAAAAAGAUAAUCAAUUUUCAGGUGCUACGUGAAAAGGUUAAUAACGAAUGGCCGUGUGUAACGCAUGUAAGGGAGCUGGGUGCAUACAAAGCAAUACUAACAUUUGACACAUUAGCUAAUGCAGAGGAAGCAUACACAUUCAGAAUGAACGAUCUGUUAAGAUUGUUUCAUAUGGUAUGGAGGUGGGAUGAAACUGAAAGGAGCGAGACUAGAAGAGUAUGGUUAGAAUGCUACGGAGUACCUUUGCAUGCCUGGUCAAAGGAGACCUUCACAAGACUAGGAGAUCAAUGGGGUGAAGUGGUAAAGUGCGAUAAUUUAACGGAGACAUGUAAUUCGUUUAGUGUUGGUCGCGUACUGAUAGACACAUGUAUGUUCGAUAUGAUCAACGAAUGGGUUCAUGUCACCAUUGGUACGAGCGGGUUUGAUGUCCUUGUGAAAGAGGUUGGUAGUGAGGUUUAUCGGGAAGAAUGUUUUCCAGAGGACAAGUGGGACCAAGGAGGUAGACUUAUGGUGGCCAUGGAAGAUGUACAGCAGGCUGAGAUAAGGGAGAAAGCAAGUGGCGGGGCUGGGGCAAGAGGGACAAGACGGGAUCCGGUGGCGGAGCUCAUGGAGAAGGAACAUUCGACCGAGGAACAAGACAAGGACAAAAUAGUAAUUUUAUCCUCCAAAUUAAAUGAGUGGAAUAUUCAGGUUUCAAAUUAUCAUUAUGAGGGUCAUGAUCACUCGCGAACGAAGGGGAAAGAAAUCUUGAGAGUAACGGACACAAAUAAUCAGGAGAUUGAUUUAGAUUGCACGCUAUCAUGUAAUUGUGAUGGAAUUCAAAUUCAACGGGAGAAAUCAUCCAUUGGUGCAAGGGAGGGAAUUGGGCUUAAUAAAAACAAGCCCAAUACUAUAAUUGCUAAGGAUGCAAUAAAGAAAAGCAAGGGAGCCCAGAUGAAUGACCCCAAAGCGGAUAGGGCUGGAACUGCUGAUGGCCCGAGUCGCAUGUUUGAUGGACCGCAGGUUAUGCAGGCCUUGGCCCGGUUGGUGGGAGAACCAGUGAACGAAGCAUGCUUCACCGCUGGGAAGUGGAGGCUGCGGAGGGGAGACGAUGAGGCGAGCUCGCUAGGGACCCAGGCUAGGAACGAGCGCCGCUAUGAGUCAUGA